UCCCAGCAUCCCCAGCGCGCGGCCGAAUUGUUUGCGUUGGCUUGCUUAGAUGUUAAAGAGAAAUGUUUGAGUCAGGUAUUUGUGCUCGAUUUUGAAUUUCGUGUACGUUUGGAGGCCGAUGGUGCUCAUCGUUCAUAACGUUUAGUAUUUGUGGUUCGCAACAGUGCAUAGCUAAGAAGGAUGUCAAAGCCGAAGAAUACGCAGCCUGCCUUGCACAAGGUCAUCAUGGUAGGCAGUGGAGGUGUAGGAAAAUCUGCACUUACCCUGCAGUUUAUGUACGAUGAGUUUGUGGAGGACUAUGAGCCAACAAAGGCAGACUCAUACCGUAAAAAGGUGAUACUCGACGGAGAAGAAGUCCAAAUCGACAUCCUGGACACGGCAGGGCAGGAGGACUACGCCGCCAUCCGGGACAACUAUUUUCGCUCUGGCGAAGGCUUCCUCUGCGUCUUCAGUAUUGAAGAGCCUGAAAAUUUUGCGGCCACAUUAGAAUUCAGAGAACAGAUCCUGCGAGUGAAAGGGGACGAUAACAUCCCCUUUAUCCUGGUGGGCAACAAGGCAGACAUGGAAGACUGCCGCAAGGUUUCCGUGGAAGAGGCGCAAGAGCGUGCGAGACAGUGGAACGUUCCAUACGUUGAAACUUCCGCAAAGAAUCGCACCAAUGUCGAUAAGGUAUUCUUUGACCUCAUGCGAGAAAUCCGCAACAGGAAGCUGGCUGAGAAGUCGGUGAGCAACGGUCCGAAGAAGAAGCCUCGCCCCGGCAAAAGGAAGUGUUCCAUAUUAUAGUGACGUUUCCUACCCACCGGGCACUGCGAAUGUGUGGCUUCGAUCAAACAGCAUCUUUUCCCCUUUUUUUUCCUGCUACGCUGUCAGUACUUGAGCUAGCGUGCUUUUGUGUUUUCACUGCGAAACGAAAGGAGUGCGUGGCUUUUUGUAGAAGAUGUCACUUCACUUCACCGCGCUGGACAUCUAUUAGUGCGAGAUGUCCCGUGAUAGAAAUCUCCGACGCAUAAUUAUUGAAAAGGCAAUGACCCUAAUCUUGUAAGUGCGUCGUAAAGACACAGGGCGACAUGAAGUGCGGCUUAUAAUAAUGCGCGAAAUAUAAGAUAAUCCCUAUGACCUAAGUCUUUUUUAUUCCUUUCAGUUCGUUCGUAGAGGGUGAAAGUGUCGUCUGCCGGCCUUAAGCGCCAUUAAAACCCAGGGUUCAUUCCCCCGUUAGGAGCAACCGAGAGGAAUACUUUUCGAGGCUGUACCAGAUACAUGGGUGAACGGAAUAGGGGUGCACACCUAAAAUGGUCCCGAGAACUGUUACAGGAAAAUCAGCACGAACUUCGAAUUUGCAUCAGCAAAAUCUUCGGAUCAGCAAAAACUUCGGCGAAUCUCUGAUCACCCGAGACCUUCAAUUUGUUUUUCGGCGUGCCCCAUUCGCGAUGGAAUUCUGACUUGCGAAAAUUAUCUGGCUUUGAGAAGUAUCUCCUAUCAAGUGUUAUUACAUUCCUAUCGUAACACCAGUUUCUUUCCUUCUUUUUCUUUUCUUUUUUUUUUCUUCUUUGUUAUCCCUGCCGUUGUGCUAUCGCCGAUUGUUACCGGGCAGCUCUGUCGGAUGGGAGGGACGGCGUUGCCACGUUGGAAAUCCGCGGUGUGUCGCACGUUGGCUGACAGAAGUCUUACGGAAAUGUAUAAUUUCUCCGCGUUGAAGUUUGUGAGCACAUAUCGAUGAUACUUGUAUCGUCUUGCAUGUUUCUACAACAUGAGUGGGCAAGAGUGUUUCUACUACUACUAUCGAGUGCUAAAACCUUUCUCUUCGUUUGAUCGUUUUGCCUGAACAAGUAAAGUUAGAGAACAAGUUACGUCUGCCGUGGCCCGUUGGAAGUGCCCCAAAUUUGUUUAGGACAUUUUGUUGCAUAAGGGUGCUGGGCCAGUGUGAAAGAGAUCGGUAUCGGGAAGGAGCAAUUCUUAUACAGCUGCGUGUACUACUAAAUUGUGCGAGAGACACGUGAAAAACCUUUGGCAUAACCUAUCACUCUGACACAUGACACGAUUGCAUCAACACUUAGUCGAAACAAAAUUUCAUUUUAUAUAGUGUGUUUUUUUUUUUUUUUCUUCUCUGGGUGUCCGCUGUUGCGUACAAUAAAAAUAGUACAAAUUAGAAAAGUGAAGGAGCCAGUGACACAAUUCAUACUGGAGGUACCUGCAACUAUGGGUACCUUUAGAAUGAGGAGUUCCCUUUGAUUCCCAGCCAUUGAUUGGAGAAUGACGCCCGUGUGCCUUAGGAAUCUGUUUACGGAAAAUAUCUCGCGAGAGGUUUGUUGGAGCACUACCUGUUCAGCUGUUGAUGCCUUUAUACGGUGAAAACUUCAGUUACAAGCUAAUAGUGAAUGUUUUUUUUUUGCCCAAGUGGAACAAACUUGUUGCAUGCUCUAUUAGGUUUGUCAUUUUGUAAAUGUAAGCAGGCAUAACUUCUAAGUGCAGUAUUGGAUUGGCUAUGUGUUUGCUAUGUUUAGUGUGCCAAAAAAUGAGUGACGACUUAUGUAUUAUUCAGGCAUGUAUACAACAUUUUGGGGGCAUAUUUAGCCUAAAGUGAGCUGUGUAAAAAUGUAAAAUGAACCAUGUAAUAAAUUAUGACUUCAUUUGUGA